CAGCUCACUUCCGAAUUUUUUUACAAAGGAUUCAGAGAGGGAGGGAGGGAGGGGCAUGGCGGCGAUGGUGGCGGGUGCGCUGCGGAGGGGAAGCGGAUACGGCAGUGGUGGCUUCCGCUGCAGCUUGCGUCUCCUCGCUCAGUCGCUUCGCAGAUUCGCGAGCACGCUGGUCGUAGCGGAGCACGAAGGUGGGUUCGUGAAACCGUCGUCCCUGAGCGCAUUGGCCGCUGCGGAGGCAAUUGCAAAAGAGAACAAAAUUUCUGUUCUGUUGGGUGGAUCCGGACCUGCGCUUCACAAGGCUGCCGAUCACGCUGCGUCCAGUCAUCCACUGGUUUCUGAGGUGCUGCUUGCCGAUUCAGAAGCCUUGGCACAUCCUUUGGCUGAACCAUGGGCCGAGCUACUCCACUCUGUUCAGCAGAAAGGAGGCUACUCUCAUGUUAUAGCUUCAUCGACGUCCUUUGGGAAGAAUUUGCUUCCACGUGCUGCAGCUCUUCUUGAUGUAUCCCCUGUUACUGAUGUCACUGCAAUAAAGGAGCCACGAAUCUUUGUGAGGCCAAUUUAUGCUGGUAAUGCACUCUGUACUGUGAAAUAUACUGGAGAGGAUCCUUGCAUGAUGAGUGUUAGAUCAACUUCGUUUUCUCCAAAUACUGAGGCUAUGUCUGAAACAAAGGUUGCACCUAUCACCCAGGUUGAUCUCUCUUUCCUCAGUGAAGGGAAAUCUAAAUGGGUGAAUCUGACAUCCCAAGACACAGAGCGACCUGAUCUUGCAAAUGCCCGUGCAGUAGUCACUGGAGGCAGAGGUUUAAAAAGUGCUGAAAAUUUUAAAUUAUUGGAGCAGCUUGCUGAGAAACUUGGUGCAGCAGUGGGUGCUACUAGGGCUGCUGUUGAUGCAGGUUAUGUUCCAAACGACCUUCAGGUUGGUCAGACAGGGAAAAUUGUUGCACCAGAGCUCUACAUGGCUUUUGGAGUUUCUGGAGCAAUACAGCACUUGGCGGGAAUGAGAGAUUCAAAGGUUAUUGUGGCCGUUAAUAAAGAUGCUGAUGCCCCCAUAUUUCAGGUUGCAGAUUAUGGGCUAGUUGCGGAUCUAUUCGAGGUUCUCGACGAAUUGUUGAAGAAGAUCCCAGACAAGAAGUGAGUGGAUGCCGUCAUGAUAGUGCCCAUCUCUCAUUUUCCCAUAAGUUCAUAAUAAGAUGAAAUUAUCUCAUGAUGUGAAUACUGCAUCUGGAAUAAUGUAUGUUAUUAUGGUCAAGGGACCUGUUCUUACUCAUUUCGUAGUAAACAAAUAGGCUGCUAGCGGUAGCGUUUUCACCAUCAAACCAGAGUGCAGAUUAAAUAAGCGAUAAUUUAGACGUGGAUA